AUUAGUAAGAUGACAGUAUCUUUGUCAGUUUUGUCAACAAUUUUCUCACAAAAAUGCAGAAAUGUGUGGUGAAAUUAUUUUAAACAGCUUGUGCGACCUUAUUUUAUCGAAAUUUUAUUAAUUUUAAUGUUUUAUAUCAAUAAAUUUAAAGGUUAGUGCAUUCGUGAAAGUAUCUUUGUUAAUACUUUUGUUUAGAAACAGAUUCGUUCUAAUUAUUGUAUAUUUCUCUUAUCAAUUUAAUAAUGUAAGACUAGUUUAUGCUCCAAGAUGACCAGCAGGGGUUAUUAUAAUGAAGAAACUCCAUUUUUAUAUAACACGGGGGACGAACCGGCUGAAACGGAUGGCAUGGAAUGCCUUCAGCUGCGCCAAUCGACCGGACCAUUCCACUACCUUAUCAGCGAACAAGCGAAAUCUCUGGUCGCUUUGCAGGAGCUCCAGCAUGAGGUGGGGGCCCUGUUGGAGUUCCGCGAUCUCGUCAUCGAAACUUUCCCGAACCUCCGCAGUAAAUUGGCGUCUUCAACGCCGGCGACGAUGACGUCCCAUCACCAUUCCAACAUUCCCGUAUCGAUAAGACCGGGCGAUUGGACGCCGGGCGUAAGAGUGAGAAAGAAAAUAGGCAGCAAAGAGGAGAGGAAGAAAGUCGGAGAUACGGCGGUUCAGGAUUCCGGUUUUAGUACGGAAACGUCUAGUAAAGAAACGCACAGCGCUUCCUCGACGGCUCUGGCGAAUUCUUCGGCCGCUGGCGUUAUAGAACCGGACGAUAUAGAGGACGAACUUUGGAACCUUCUCGAUAUCAUACAUCGCAAAGGUACCAGAUUGAAAGAUGAAGCGGAAUUGCUGCAAGGCGCUAUCAGAAAUCGAAGCGAUCGACGAACCGACGGCGAUUCCUUCAACCGAGUUUUGUUUUCUUCGUGCCCUUCGUCGUCUUCGGACGUUCGAAAACUCCGUCAAGAACGGGAUCUGCUUCUGGAUCGAUUGGCGGAAAUGGAGGCCGAAGUUUUGGCCGGCAGGGUUCACACUUGCCGUUUGCAAGAGGACCUCGAAAAUUUGAUGUCGGCCAAACAAGAUUUGGAGGAACAACUCAAAGCUGUUAUCGAUCAAAGGGGCGAAGUAAAUUCGCGAAUUCACGAUCUUCACCUUCAGUUUGUGACUAAAAACGGUACCGGUGGUAGUACGCAGACGCCGGAAAGUGAAAAAUUUCUUAGGGACUCUUCGACAUCGACGGUAGCGAAUUGUAGUCAAAGGACUAAUCGAAAAAGUGUCGGGGUCCGUCAUAUCGAUUUAGUGUUUAGUGAUGAAAAUAUGCCGAAAGUAGCUGUGCCGGAUACGGAAAAAAUAGCCGCCAUUUUGAAAGAACGCGAUCCUUUAGUGUUGCAAAAACAUCUAUUGACGACUACCGUCAGAAACCAGGUUCUUAGAGAACAAUUAGAUACGGUGACUAGUAUAGAAGAAGGGCUAAGGGACAGACUAAAUAGGUUUAGGGAAGAAAAUGAAGACUUAAAAUUCCAGUUGGAAGAUCGAACGAUAGAACUGGAAGGCACCAGGGCGCGGAUACGUUUGCUGGAAGACCUCCGCAAACCCUCGAACAAAACCAGCUCGCCCGAUAUAAUCCCCGCUUUAGAUUCGACGCCUCCGGCUCGUCCCCAAUCGCGCACCGAAAUAUCUACGGCCAGUAUGAAGGCGAUGUGUCCUUUGAUAAUGAACAGUAUGAAAAAUUUGAAUUUGCAAUCGGAAAAUUUCGGCAGUCCCGAAUCGGUACGCGAUCGAUCUUCCGAAAAGGAUAAAAAGGACAUUGGCAAAACGAAACGACCCAGUAAGAUACCGUUGAAAAGUUACACGGCUCCGAAACCACCAGGAGGUAAACACAGCCCAGCACCGUCGAGCACGCGUUACCGCAACGGCGAUUCACCCUGUAGACCGCAUUCGGCACAAUCCUGGACCAAAACCAAAUCCGAAGCGAACAGUUUGAAUUCCAAAAGCAAUUCAUUAUCGAAAUCCCGGAACGGUUCCUUGGUAACAACUAAGGAUUCGUUAUCGGGAAAAUUGAGAUCGAGCGAUUCGUUCCAGAAGUUGAACGGUUCGGCGACGAAUACGUUCGGCAGGAACGUCCAGAAGAAGAGUUCGAGCGUUAGCGCCGCUAAUAAAAAGGAGAACAACACUCAAAGUGAUAAGAUUCCAGACUCAAAUUUAGCAAAAGAAAGAUCUCCGUCUCCAUGGAUUCUCUCUUCAUAUAACAGCGAUCCGGAUAUAACUCUGGAUCGGGAAUUGGAAACUGCCUAUCCAGAUUCUUUGGAUAGAAACGAUUGUUUCCGUUGCCCCGCCGCCGGUCCGGACCCCCUUCUGAAUGGGGGGGACGAGUUUUACGACAGCAUCGACGUUAACGUGGCUUCCAGUAUGUUCCAUAACGGGGGGGAAGAUAUGGCCGAGUGCGAUUCAUUGGAAGGGCAGCUGCUGUCGGAUUUUUUAGAAAAAAACUAAUUUUUGCGUCGAUUUUCAUCAUUUGCCUUUCGUUGCUGGCGAUUUUCUUCUGAGGGUAUGUAAAAUAAUCGAUAGUAUACAAAUAUCUCGAACGACCCUCGUAAAUCAUGUGAACAUUCCAUUUUUUUUUUUUUUUCAAAAUUAUGACUAACGUUACAAAAAAAUAAUUUUUCCUAGCGAUAAAUCGAUUUUAUUCAUAUACAGCGGUGGAUAGAAAAUUUUAUGUCACUUUUCGAACCGUCCUCGUAUAAUAGAAUUAAAUAUUCACUCAUAACGAUUAAUUUGUAUUUUUUUUUGUUUUUCGAAAAAAGUCUGUUUACUAUUCACCGUACUAAUUCGGAUAAUUAAUUUUGUUCUUAAGAUGGUUACACGCGCGCCGGUUUUUUUACCGGACGGUUUAAAAUCGUGUCGGGACGAAACCGGUUGCGUUUUUUUUAAUGUUUCGCCGACGGGACUUGAUGAAUUGGUGCUCGUAUAUAUUACGGAGGUGAAUGAAUGCGUCUGGUGUUUAUAUACAUAUAUAUAUAUAUAUAUAUAGUUUAUAUAUGCCUUAUUGAUACGAAAUUGUACGAGAUGUAAUAUGAUAUAUUUUUAGGUGAUAAUUAUUUAUUUUUCGCAAAAAUUUCGCUUUUUCUGCAAUUUCAGGAGGUUUUGAUUUUCGAAAAUUCACUAAAAGUCGAAAAAAGUAAAAAAAAAGUCUUUUUCGAUAAAUUCGCAUAUUUUCUUUAAUUUUAAUCACAAAAUUUCUCUUAUUUUCAAUCUACUACCAAUGUUAUCAUUAAGCUCGUUUUACACGUACCGGAAUUAUUGCCGCACGGUAUAAAAUCGCAUAUUAAUGCGGCGUUUUCAAAUUUUUCGUUCUUUGAAGUUAUUAUCCUUAGAGAAUGUGAACAUUUUCAGAAUUUUACCGUGUUUUUACGAUUUCAAUCGUCGUUAAGCAAGUUUCACACGUACUGGAAUUAUUGCCGCACGGUAAAAAAUCGCAUAUAAAUGCGGCGUUACAAGUUUUUCAAUCUUUGAAAUUGACAUUUUCAGAAUUUCAGAUUUUAAUCGUCGUUAAACAAGUUUCACACGUAUCGGAAUUUUUGCCGCACAGUUUCAAAUCGUAUUAAGCUGAAAUUAAACGUUUGGACAUUUUAUCUUUGGUUUAUUCGAAAAUAGUCAAUUUCACCAUUUUUUGGAAAAGAUUAUUGUAAUCCUUGAGCUUGUUUCACACGUACCGGAAUUAUUGCCGCGCGGUAAAAAAUCGCAUAUAAAUGCGGCGUUACAAGUUUUUCAAUCUUUGAAAUUGACAUUUUCAGAAUUUUGCAGUUUUUUUACGAUUUUAAUCGUCGUUAAACAAGUUUCACACGUAUCGGAAUUUUUGCCGCACAGUUUCAAAUCGUAUUAAGCUGAAAUUAAACGUUUGGACAUUUUAUCUUUGGUUUAUUCGAAAAUAGUCAAUUUCACCAUUUUUUGGAAAAGAUUAUUGUAAUCCUUGAGCUUGUUUCACACGUACCGGAAUUAUUGCCGCGCGGUAAAAAAUCGCAUAUAAAUGCGGCGUUACAAGUUUUCAAUCUUUGAAAUUGACAUUUUCAGAAUUUUGCAGUUUUUUUACGAUUUUAAUCGUCGUUAAACAAGUUUCACACGUAUCGGAAUUUUUGCCGCACAGUUUCAAAUCGUAUUAAGCUGAAAUUAAACGUUUGGACAUUUUCUCUUUGGUUUAUUCAUGAAGAUCGAUCGAAAACAGUCAGUUUCACCAUUUUUUGUAAACGAUUAUUGUUAUCAUUAAGCUUGUUUCACAAUGUACCGGAAUUAUUGCCGCACGGUAUAAAAUCGACAUAUAAAUGCGGCGUUUUCAAGUUUUUUGAUCCUUGAAGUUAUUAUCAUUAGAAAAUGUGAACAUUUUCAAAAUUUUACCGUAUUUUUAAGAUUUUAAUCAUCGUUAAGCAAAUUUCACACGUAUCGGAAUUUUUGCCGCAUAGUUUCAAAUCUUAUAAAGCUGAAAAUAAACUUUUGGACAUUUUCUCUUCGGUUGGAAACACACAAUUUCACCAUUUUUUGUAAACGAUUGUUGUCAUUAAGCUUGUUUCACACGUACCGGAAUUAUUGCCGCGCGGUAAAAAAUCGCAUAUAAAUGCGGCGUUUUUAGGUUUUAAGAUCUUUGGAGUUAUUAUCCUGGAAGUUUUGGAUGUUUAACUGUAUUUUAACAAUUUUAAUCAACGUCAAGCUAGUUUCGCACGUACCGGAAUUAUUGCCGUGCGGUUAAAACCGUUCAAUGGUGAAAAUCGACUUUUUGAGGGUUUUUGAAUAGUCAAACCGUUUAAAGUAUUCAAAUAUUCUCCAACGAUAUUAAUUAAUUAAUAUUUUUAAAAAAUUUUAAUUUGUGUAUGACUGUGAUAAGUAUAAUGUAUGCAGAAAAGUUUUACAAACAGACUAUGAUAAUUUAUAUUUUAUCCAAUAAACAUUGAAUUAAUGAUCAAUUAGGCAACAUCUAUUCAAAAUUUUUCCAGGAACGGAAAGAAUUAUUUUGCAAAUAGUUUUUUGUAAACAUUUUUUGUUUAAAAUUUAGUCAAUUUCAGCAGUUGUUUUCAACACAAAAAUUUCCUCCACCUAGUUGGGGUGGAACUCACGAUGUCAAAAUUUCAUUAAAAUCGAUGCAGAUUCGUGGAAAUCGGGGGUGAAAACCUCGCAAACUAAAUAUUUUCAACUAACGUUUAAUCAAACAGAUGUUUUUGCUGUUACUAUUUUUUUUUAAAGAUGAUUGGACUAUAAUUUUUUUUUAAAUCGAUGUAUUUUCAUCUGGUCUUUCGGUAGCUUUCAUUUCAUCAGUAUUUCAACAACAUUAUGCAGUAUUAUUUUUUUUGUACGACAUAAUUGAAAAGAUUUUCAAAAAAUAUGACGGACUUUAUGGAAAUACAUUUUUUUAACCCUCAAAAUUUUUGUGAUAUGUAUCGAAAUGCUCAUCACGCAAAUAUUAUUAUUCGUAUUUUACUAUAAAUGAUGUUCCAUUAUUUGGGACAACCUGUACAUAUAUAUAUUUCACUAUAUUAUUCUAGAUAUUAUCAUUGCAAUUUACCACUAUUAUAUUUUAUUAAAAAAAGAGCAGAUUUAUAAAAUACUUACUUUGUACUAUUUAAUUAGAAAAUAUUUCUCGACUGAAACGUUUUAUGAAUCUGUUGAUUUGUACAUAAAUUUUCUUCCGUUUGUAUUAUAAAAAUCACGUAUUAUAAAUAAAAUGUUACA